GAAGAAGAAGAAGAAGAAGAAGACUCCACAACAACAGCCUCCCGUCGCCAUUUUCUUUCUCUGCGGCGUUCAGCCUGAUUUUCUGAUUAUUUCCUCUUUAAAUUGAUCAGAAACCUGAUCGAUCCGCAUCGUUAAUUGAGCGCGAGAAAGGACACGUCACAGCGGCUGUGAUGGCGGCCGACCGGCGCGAGGACAAAGAUGGAGAACUGAACGUUCUGGAAGAUAUUCUGACUGAAGCUCCAGAUCAGGACGACGAGUUGUACAACCCCGAGACUGAGCGAGACGUCAGCGACAAGAAAGGAACAAAGAGGAAGAGCGAGCGCGCUGACAGCCAGGAUCUGAAGAGGCUCCGUCCCUCAUCCUGCCACGCCCCCUCCAGGUCCUCCUCCACCAAUAAGAGAGCCCCGGGUCCACUUCUCUCCUCCUCCUCGUCAAAGAAAGUGACUUCCAGUCCUCGCGGCCGCCACACUGCUGCCAGUGGCGGAUACCGCCACGAAUACUACGAGGAGCAAAAGGGGCGCCGUGGAGCCCGAGAGGCGCCGAGAAGCCGCGGGGGAGAGGAAGUACGUCGGCGAGAGUCUCAGAGAGGCCUGGAGGGUCUGAGCCAGAAGUUGAGGCGGGUGAGCCCCUCCCCCCACGAGGAGGACAACCAAUCAGAAGAGGAGGCAGCAGCAGAGUACGGCUCAGAGCCGGGGUCAGGAAGCUCCUCCCCAGCUGCCUCUCACGUAGAGGAAGAGGAAGAGGAGGAUCAAGAGGAGGAUGAAGAGGAGGAGGAGGAAGAGGAGGGCAUGGAGGAGGAGGAGGAGGACGAGGAGGGAGAGAAAGAGGAGGAAGACGAGGAGGAGGAAGAGGAGGAGUAUGAGCGGCGUGGCGGCGAAGGGAACGACUACGACACCCGCAGUGAGGCUGGUGACUCACGCUCCGCCUCCUCUGUCAGCUUCUCUGAUGAUGGAGAGUCCGUGCACUCAGGCUCCGCCUCCGAGGCUUCAGGUUCAGAGAAGAAGCGGGAGAAGCUGUCGUCGUCGGUCCGAGCCGUUCGCAAAGGGAUGGAGAAUCCAACCAGUAAGCUGCGUUACAUCCUGCGAGACGCUCGAUUCUUCCUCAUAAAGAGCAACAACCACGAGAACGUCUCUCUGGCCAAAGCCAAGGGCGUUUGGUCAACGCUGCCGGUGAAUGAGAAGAAGCUGAAUGCAGCUUUCCGCUCAGCGAGGAGCGUCGUCCUCGUCUUCUCUGUGAGGGAGAGCGGGAAAUUCCAAGGUUUCGCUCGUUUGGCGUCUGAGUCUCAUCAUGGAGGAUCUCCGAUCCACUGGGUUCUACCUGCUGGAAUGAACGCCAAGAUGCUGGGUGGAGUUUUUAAGAUUGACUGGCUCUGCAGGAGGGAGCUUCCUUUCACUAAAACAGCUCACCUGUCCAACCCCUGGAACGAACACAAGCCGGUGAAGAUAGGACGCGACGGACAGGAAAUCCAGCCGGACAUCGGUGCUCAGCUGUGUGCCCUGUUCCCAUUGGACGAGAGCGUGGACGUCCACCAGGUGGCUCGCCGUGUUCGUCACAAACGUCGGACGCCGUCGGAACCGCGGCCUCGGGGCCGACCACCGCAGCGCGAGCCGGGAAGGCGUCGCCCAGAAGAGUACGACCUCCACGGCAGGAAGCGACCACGAGCCGACGGUCCGCCCGACUUCAACCAGCGAGCAGGGUUCAUCCAGGACCUCCGCAACCAGCCGGUGGACAGACGAUUCUCCAACGUCAGACGAGAUGUGUUUCUCAACGGGUCAUAUAACGACUACAUGAGGGAUUAUCACCACAGCGUCGGUCCUCCUGCUCCCUGGCAGACGCUGGCGGCGUAUCCUGGCGUCGAGCAGCCACCCCCCCACCACCCCCCAUACUACCACCACAGUCACCCCCCGCCCCCCCCUCACCAGGCUUACCACCACCACCACCACCCCCCCCUGCCACCACAUGAGGCUCCACCCCCUCGCUUCAGAGACAAACAGCGAGCGCCACAACACCGCGCCUUCACCUCCAGCCCACACGACUACGACAUGCGUGUGGACGACUUCCUGCGGCGGACGCAGGCGGUGGUGAGCAGCCGGCGUGAGCGCGAGCGGCAGCGUGAACGUGACCGUGGCGGCCCCCGACGCGAGAGAGAGAGGGAGCGAGGGAGGGACAGAGACAGAGAGAGGGAGAGGGACAAGGAGAGGGGGCGGUACCGCAGGUGAUCUGAUGAUGUCAUAUCCUGUCAGCCUGCAGGGGCUUUUAUUUUGACGGUCAGCAGCGGUGUUGCUGUUUCCUGUUUUUUGUUGAGCUACGUGAUGACAUCAUCAGUUUUUAUGUGAAUAAAAUAUUUAAAAACUGUAAAAAAAAAAACACCUGGUGAUUUCUGGUGAGUUUAAUCAAAACUUUUAUUUUGAUGAUCCUGUGUAAAAAGGGAAGUGACAUCACAGCACAGGGACCUGUCACAUGUUAACAACAAAACAUUUUAUUUUUCUCUCAUCAUUGCCUCUUUUAUUGUGAAAGGAUGGACAGUUUUUCCUGCGAACUCCUUUAACUCAAUUUAAAACCCAUGAAGAAGAGUUUCACCUCCUUUUUGUACGUUUUUUAACUUUAGUUUUGUUGUUGAAUUUAAACUCGUCCAGCCUCAGUUUGUUUAUUUAUUUUAAUUUUAUAUUUUACUUUUUUCUGCUGGUGACGAUAAAAAAUCUGCUUCCUGUAAAACAUCAGAUUUCUUUUUUUUUCCUUUUUGCUCAAUCACCUCUGAUUGGUUGUUACCAUGGUGACCAAACGUCCAGAUGAUCAGAUUUAUUGUGUAUUGAUCGGCAGCAGGUCAAACUGAUCAGUGGAGUCUCAGUGUUAAAAAGGUGAAAACUUUCCUUCCUGUUUCUGAACGGGGGGCCGGAGCUUGUGUCUGUUUUUGUACAAAAUAAAAGAAAUAAAAUCUGAAA